CAAUACACAGCACAGGCACAACUCGCCGUACACGUUUCUCUCUGCACUAAAGUCAAAAACCCCUAAAACCCUAAUUUAACUUUCUCACCCUGUUUCCCUGUCCGGAAUUCGUCAUCUGAUUCGAUCAUGUACAGAAUCGCCGCCGCUGCCAUUGCCUCCUCGAUAAGGUCUUCUGCUUCCAGAAACCAGGUGUGUACUUCAAGUGUAUGCGGCAGGGUCGUUCAUAGCAGAAAUUAUGUUGCUAAGGAUAUUAGUUUCGGGACAGGAAUUCGAGCGGCUAUGCUCGCUGGGGUUAAUGAGCUUGCGGAAGCUGUUAAAGUCACAAUGGGACCGAAGGGUCGAAAUGUAAUUAUUGAGAAACAUGGAGAUCCCAAGGUCACAAAGGAUGGGGUCACAGUUGCCAAAAGCAUCAAGUUUCCAGAUAAGGCGAAAAAUACAGGAGCAGAUCUUGUGAAAGAGGUUGCUAAGGCAACUAAUAAAGUUGCUGGUGACGGCACCACUUGUGCCACUGUGUUGGCACAGGCAAUAUUCAGAGAAGGUUGCAAAUCAGUGGCUGCUGGGGUGAAUGUGAUGGAUUUGCGGAAGGGUAUAAACAUGGCGGUUGAUGCUGUUAUUGCAGAUUUGAAGGGCAGAGCUAUCAUGAUCAGCACACGUGAAGAAAUUACACAGGUGGGAACUAUAUCAGCAAAUGGCGAACGUGAAAUUGGUGAACUUCUUGCUCGGGCUAUGGCGAAAGUUGGGAAGGAAGGAGUCAUUACUGUUGCUGAUGGUAAUACACUGGAUAAUGAAUUGGAAGUGGUGGAGGGAAUGAAGCUUUCCCGUGGUUAUAUAUCCCCUUAUUUUGUUACAGAUGAAAAGACCCAAAAAUGUGAACUUGAAAAUCCUUUAAUUUUAAUUCACGAGAAGAAAAUUUCAGACAUGAAUGCUCUUGUGCGAGUAUUGGAGCUUGCUGUAAAGAGAAACCGGCCUCUGUUAAUUGUUGCCGAAGAUGUGGAGAGUGAGCCACUUACCAUGCUCAUAAUAAACAAGCAUCGUGCAGGAUUGAAGGUUUGUGCUGUGAAAGCUCCUGGGUUUGGGGAAAACAGAAGAGCAAAUUUAGAAGAUCUUGCCAUUCUCACUGGAGGGGAGGUCAUUACUGAAGAACAUGGAACAAGUCUAGACAAAAUUCAAAUUGAUAUGCUUGGUUCAGCCAAAAAGGUCACUGUUUCUCUUGAUGACUCUGUAAUUCUACAUGGUGGUGGCGAUAAAAAGUUGAUAGAAGAAAGGUGUGAGCAGCUACGAUCUGCUAUUGAGAGAAGUAGUGCAGCAUUUGACAAGGAGAAAGCACAAGAAAGGUUAUCAAAGCUGUCUGGUGGUGUUGCUGUUUUCAAGGUUGGAGGGUCCAGUGAAAUGGAAGUUGGAGAAAGGAAAGAUAGGGUAACAGAUGCUCUAAAUGCAACAAGGGCUGCUGUGGAAGAGGGCAUUGUUCCAGGGGGCGGUGUCGCCCUUUUAUAUGCAACAAGAACUCUCAAAAACCUUAAAACGGAAAAUGAGGACCAAAAAAGAGGAGUCGAAAUAAUAGAAAAUGCCCUGAAGGCACCGACCUUUACUAUUGCCUCGAAUGCAGGAGCUGACGGGGCUCUAGUUAUCGGUAAGCUAUUGGAGCAGGAUGAUCCCAACUUGGGCUAUGAUGCUGCCAAAGAUCAGUAUGUGAACAUGAUAAGCGAAGGAAUCAUAGAUCCCGUGAAAGUCAUUAGAACAGCUUUGGUAGACGCCGCAAGCGUCUCGUUGCUUUUGACAACAACCGAAGCUGUUGUCCUCGUCUCCCAAGGGGAGAAGCCUAAAAAGCGCGUGGCAGAUUUAGACUCAAUGGGGUAUUAACUCGACCCUCGAAAAUAGGAAAGAAAGAACCAACACAAGAAUCCCCAAUUCAGCCAAAUCAAUCUCUCAUCAUUUUUGUACAUGUACAAUACAAUAUCAUAUGUUUCCCAUAUGAUCCUAAAACAUUUAUUGCAUUGUCAAUUUUCUUGUCCCCUACAAGACAAGAAUUGCCCAUUUGUAUGCCUUCCUGCAAUAACCAUUCUUCAUAUUUAUUCUCAUAUCUACAAA